UGUUGCAAACUCCACGCUCCUUUCGCGCGCGGGGCCGAACCGCGGGGAAUGAGCCGCGCGGGCCGCCGUCGUCGGCUGCUGCGAGCAGGAAGUGUCCGAGCGGCGGGCGGAGACUGCACGAUGGCCCCGGACCCCUGGUUCUCCACGUACGAUUCUACUUGUCAAAUUGCCCAGGAGAUUGCUGAGAAAAUUCAACAGCGAAAUCAGUAUGAAAGGAAAGGUGAAAAGACAUCUAAGCUUACCGUGACAAUCAGAGCUUUGUUGCAGAAUCUGAAGGAAAAGAUCGCCCUUUUGAAGGACUUAUUGCUAAGAGCUGUGUCAACACAUCAGAUAACACAACUUGAAGGGGAUCGAAGACAGAACCUGUUGGAUGACCUUGUAACUCGAGAGAGACUACUUCUGGCAUCCUUUAAGAAUGAGGGUGCAGAACCAGAUAUAAUCAGGUCCAGCCUGAUGAGUGAAGAAGCUAAGAGAGGAGCACCCAACCCUUGGCUCUUUGAGGAACCUGAGGAGACCAGAGGCUUGGGUUUUGAUGAAAUCCGACAACAGCAGCAGCAGAUUAUCCAAGAAGCCAUCUGGAGCAGCCGCCACUCAGUGCCCGGCCACCGCAGCUGCUGCCCUCAAUGCCGGGCCAGGCUGCGCAGCCCUGCCACUGGGACUCGGGGUCCAGCGACAGCGGUAUAUGCCGGGGAAGGGGCUGUCGUCACCCCGGCCCCGGGCGCCGCUGGAACCGUGAGCCGAAGAGAAACUGAGCAGGCUGUGGCACGAACAGGAGCCAGGAGCACCAGGGGCGGCUAG